AUGUUAUUUGGUGUGGAAAAAGAGUCCUUCGGAGACCAUUAUUCCUAUUGGACUUUUAUCGAGAACUCAAUGAUCAAGUCCAUGAUAACACAACACAACUGGCGAACCGUAUCACCGAUAAGCGGGCUCAAAUACAAUGCAGAUGGCAUUAUCCUGUUAAACAACAUUCGUACCGAAGAAUUGUUGUCCGAGGUAUCAUCAGGAUUUGCAGAAAACAACAAGGCUAAAGCUUCUUUCGACCAUCACAAGGCUAUGUUUGGCCUCUUGAUGAUGUUAAAAACAUUUGCCAAAAGUAUAAAUAUUUUAGCUUUGAUACUUUUAAACCAAGCAAUAUGCCAUUGGACAACGCCUACACCUUCCGCUGGUCUUUAUUUGAUGAAUAAGGAACAAAAGGUCGAAAUACUGGAAAAUUUUGAGGAGAAAUUAGUAGUUGAAACGACUAAUUCAAAAAUCACACCAGGCAUCGUUGGAGGAGACUUUGAAACCAUCACAAUGUUGACGAAAGAGCACGAUCAGAUGUUACGAGAAAUCACUUGCGAAGGUAGUACCUCUCCUGCCUCUCUACUUGACUUGCAUCAUCAAGAGGCUAAAGAAGUUUCGGCCUUGUUAUUCCAACAAAUGUUAACCGUAGAAAAUUAUAAUUCGGCUGUGUUUCAGUUACAGUUAUUGAUGGGCGAUUAA